UUUCCCUAUACGAAGAAGGCUGAUAAAGGCGGUUUCGAAGACGUUUGCGAACCGAAGCGGUGCUCAAAGAAAGAUUGUUAGCGUUGUUCCAUAUUCUUGUACAAGAGUCCUCUUGUCGCUUGUGUGCUGUUGUUUGUGCUACAGCAUGGCAGUCGUCAUCCGUUUACAGGGAUUGAGGAUCACUGCUGGUUCUCAGGAUGUUCGCAAAUUCUUCACUGGGCUCAAAAUUCCAGACGGUGGUGUACACAUAAUUGGAGGCGAGCAGGAGGAAGCGUUCAUUAUUUUUGCUUCCGACGAAGACGCAAGAAGAGCCAUGACGCGCUCGGGGGGUCAAAUUAAGGGCAGCCCUGUGACUCUGCUGCUGAGCAGCAAAGCGGAGAUGCAGGGUAUACUCGAGAAAAGCGCCAUAAAUGCGGAGCCGGAUCAAGAGAGUCACAUUGAAGAUAACGCAAGACACCCCCGAAGAUCUUUGGAGGCUGAAACCAACAAGAGGUCUGCAAGUAGAGCAGACAUCUCCCCCCCCCCCCGCCAAAAGAGACACACAAACGAAGACUCCAUGUGCGUUUUUCUGAAAGGAUUGCCUUUCAAUGUGUCCGAAAGAGAGAUUUGCGAAUUUUUUAAUGGUUUACGGAUCGCCGACAUGAUUCUGUUGAAAAAUGCAACCGGCAAAAACAACGGCAUGGGUCUGGUGAGAUUUUCCAGCACCGCAGAAGUAUCCGAAGCCCUAAAGAGGGACAGGGGAUACAUUGGUUCUCGGUACGUGGAGAUCUGUCCGACGUCGGAAGAGGAUUGGCGUCGGACAACUGGAAGGCACCCCAUGAACCCAGACCCAGGAAACAACCCAUUCGAAAGACACGGAUCGCCACCUCGGGGUCAAAAGAAUUUCCCGCAUCGUAUGAGGUCACAAUCACCUCCGGGCCAGAGGGUGUCGCCAUCUAGCGCGGAGCACUGCGUUUUGGUGGAAAAUAUCUCCUUUGCGGUGCAAAAGGAGGACAUGAAAAGGCUCUUCCACCACGCCGCACUCGAUGAUGACCAGAUCUUGUUCCUAAAUCAUGACGAUCGGAAAACCAAGUCUGCAUUUGUACUCUUUAGGUCUCACCGAGAGUAUCGUAAGGCGUUAGAAAUGGACGCGCAGUCCUUUUUCUAUCGAAUGCUUCUUAUCCGGCCGAUCAUGAGAGAAAAAAUGAUAGCCAUGUUGAAAUCUCAGAACAUGAAUGUCGGCCCUUCUGGAAACUCCAGAAUGAAUUAUGAUCGGCCUCCAUCCCACCCCAUGGAUAAUCAUGACCCGGAGCAGUGCUUGCUUGUGCAAAAUCUGCCCCCUGACGUGCGCAAAGUGGAGGUCCAGGACUUCUUCUUUGGGUUAAAUAUCUGGGAAGACGACGUGCACUUGCUGCAAGACAAUACUGGUGCAGGGACGGGCAAGGCUUUGGUUCUUUUCCCUUCCGAGUCCGCAGCCAUGAGGGCCCUCGCUCUCGACGGACAAAGGUUUCUCGGCGCGGUGGUCUCUCUCAGAUGCAUAUCCCGUGCGCAGAUGCGGGAGUUGAUUGCAGGGCCGCAGGCGGUUCACGGGCCACAGCAGAGAUCCAGUGAGUUCCAAGGCGCUGGUGACCGGGAAUACUAUGGCUUCAAGGGCUCAUACGGCGGCGAGAACGCAACAAACAUGGGGCCACAAAUGUCGGGAGGCUAUAACUCUUAUGAAGACCCACUCGACAGAGGCAAUGGCGCUCAUGGCAGCGGUGGUCCACCGAGGCAGCACUUGAGAGGGCCCACCUGUGUAAAGUUCGUUAAUCUACCAUUCCAGAUCAAAACCGAAGAAAUCUAUGAUUUUUGCCACGGCUACCGUAUUAUCCCGGGAUCCAUUUCGUUGCAGUACGACAGGAGCGGAGCGUUUAAAGGUACUGCGACUGUGGUAUUUGAGACUAGGCAGGAGGCAGUAAUAGCGGUCGAGGAACUCAACGGGAGGCCAAUCGGAGCUCGAAAGAUUCAACUGCUGUUUGUCUGAAAGUGACUUUGGGUUUUCGAUUGCCAACCUGUUCAAGUGGUGUGUGAACAAGUCUUUCUCGGUUGAGGACAUUUUUUAUUUUAUUUUUUUUUUUAUUUUGAAAUUUUUUUUCGAAUUGUGUACUAUUUUGUGAUGAGUUUUGAACGGUGUAUUCACCUUCCUUUUGAACGACUUUAGUCACUGAUGUGCAUUUGCAAUGAAAUGUUCGUCUUUAACAUUUUCAGUGCAUCCAUGGGAAAGUCCCGUUGUAUUACUUUGUCAGUUCGACUAGCCCUGUUUAAUGUGAUGUUUAUUAAAAAGAUGUUCCUUCCAUUUCA